ACAGGCCUGGGCAGGGCCCUCCCCAAGAGGCGGUGGCGCGCGGAGGGGGAGGCGGGCUCUGGGAUACUGGGAGGGCCCGCGCGGGGAGGGGCCGAUGCCGGGCCCCGGCGCGGCGCUGCUCCUGAGCCCCGGGGAGUGGGGGGCCGCACACCGGGGCUCCGCCGCCUGGGUCCUCCAGGAGGGCGACCUGGGGUGCAGCUGGCCGAAGAAGCCGCAGCUGCCCGAACCACGCACCAGUUCCCCCGCCCCAUGGCCCUGGGCGCGCCACUCCCUGUCCCGGCCUCCAGAGACACUGCCAUGGCCCGGGACCACCUCCGCCCGGUGCGACGGGGCUCGCGCAGGCGGCAAACGCCGGACGGGCAGCCCCGCCUCUGCGCGCCCGCUGGGCUGCGCCUUCGGGUCGCUCGCUCGCUGCACCCCUGCCCAGGGCGCCGCGUAUCCCCGCCCCCUCGGGCCCCCGCAGGCGUCGGCCCUGGAGGAAGCCUCGCCGCAGGACGGUUCCCUUGUCCUCUGGCGAGGAUUCUCCAAGGCGUCUCAUCACAUGGGCCGGCUCAGGAGCGCCAAGAUGCACGUGGAGAGAGCUGUCAAGCAGAAGAAGAUCUUUAUGAUCCAAGGCCGCUACCCGGUGAUCCGGUGCCUCUUGCGCCGGAGGGGCUGGGUGGAGAAGAAGAUGGUCCGUCACUCGGGCACCGCCCUGCCUCUGCCCCGGAAGGAUCUGGAUAGCUCAGUAGUGGGUAAUAGCGACACCACUGAGGACGAGGAUGAAGAUGAAGACGAGACAUUCCAGCCACCACAGCUGUUUGAUUUCGAUGAUUUACUGGAAUUUGAUGACCUAGAUGGGACACAUGCUCUAAUGUCUCGCAUGGUUCGGAACGAGAUCCCCUACUUCAUCUGGACCACUCGGCGGGACGUGCUGGACUGCCGCUUUCUCUCCAAGGAUCAAAUGAUAAACCACUAUGCCCGGGCUGGCUCCUUUACCACAAAGGUGGGUCUGUGUCUCAAUCUCCGCAAUUUGCCGUGGUUUGACGAGGCUGAUGCUGAUUCCUUCUUCCCGCGCUGCUACCGCCUGGGAGCUGAGGAUGACAAAAAGGCCUUCAUAGAGGACUUCUGGCUGACAGCUGCCCGCAACGUUCUCAAGCUGGUGGUCAAGUCCGAAUGGAAGUCAUACUCUAUCCAGGCAGAAGAGGAAGAGGCCUCAGGAGACAAGCAGCCCGAGAAACAGGACGGAAAGCCGGGGAUGGUGUCCUCAGAGUUUGUGGAUGAGGCUCUGCGUGCAUGUGAGGAGCACCUUAGCAACCUGGCCCACAUGGACAUCGACAAGGACCUGGAGGCUCCAAUGUAUCUCAGCCCUGAGGGCUGGUCCCUCUUCCUCCAGCACUACUACCAAGUGGUCCACGAGGGGGCAGAACUCAGGCACAUCGACACUCAGGUCCGGCGCUGUGAGGACAUCCUGCAGCAGCUGCGGACUGUGGUGCCCCAGAUGGACAUGGAGGGAGAUCGCAACAUCUGGAUCGUGAAGCCAGGAGCCAAGUCCCGUGGACGAGGCAUCAUGUGCAUGGACCAUCUGGAGGAGAUGCUGAAGCUGGUGGAUGGCAACCCCAUGAUGAUGAAGGAUGGCAAGUGGGUGGUGCAGAAGUAUAUUGAGCGGCCCCUGCUCAUCUUUGGCACCAAGUUUGACCUGAGACAGUGGUUCCUGGUGACUGACUGGAACCCACUUACCGUGUGGUUCUACCGUGACAGCUACAUCCGCUUUUCCACACAACCCUUCUCCCUGGAGAACCUGGACAAUUCAGUGCACCUGUGCAACAACUCCAUCCAGAAGCACCUGGAGAAUUCAUGCCAUCGGCACCCGCUCCUGCCCUCGGACAACAUGUGGUCAAGCCAGAAGUUCCAGGCCCACCUUCGGGACAUGGGGGCCCCGAAUGCUUGGGCCACUGUCAUUGUGCCGGGCAUGAAGGCCGCAGUGAUCCAUGCCCUGCAGACCUCCCAGGACACUGUGCAGGGUCGGAAGGCCAGCUUCGAGCUCUAUGGCGCUGACUUUGUGUUUGGUGAGGACUUCCAGCCCUGGCUGAUUGAGAUCAACGCCAGUCCAACCAUGGCGCCCUCUACGGCUGUUACCGCCCGGCUCUGUGCCGGUGUGCAAGCCGAUACCCUGCGCGUGGUCAUUGACCGGCGGCUGGACCGCAACUGUGACACAGGAGCCUUUGAGCUCAUCUACAAGCAGCCUCCCGUGGAGGUACCCCAGUAUGUGGGUAUCCGGCUCCUAGUAGAGGGCUCUGCCAUCAAGAAGCCCCUGGCAAUGUGUCACCGGCGGACAGGGGUCCGCCCAGCUCUCCCUCACCUGCUGACCCAGCAAGGCUCUGGGGAAGGCAAGGACUUGGGGACUCUUACCCACAGGUCAGCUCCUAGGAAGGCUGCUGGGGACAGGAGCCUGGGGCACACUGAGAAGCCAGACUCCACUGCCACCACCUCGGCCCCUGGAAAGGGGAAGAAAGGCAAGGCGAAAAGUGCCACAGCCCUGGUCCGCCCCAAUCUCCCGAAGUGGGACCCCUCCAGCACCGGGAUGGGCUGCAUCUUCACCAUGACCUUUGCUAGUGGGGACAGGCAGCCCCACCCCUUGAACAGAUUGCCACUGAGUCUGAAGAACCCCCAGGCCCUGGCCCCUUACCACUUCCCCAGCUUCCACACCAAGGCCCGGCUGCCUUCCUCCUAUGUGCUCCGACCCCAGGGGCGAGUCCUCAGACUGCAGCACAGCAAGCUGGUGGGCCCUAAGGCCCUGUCGACCACAGGCAAGGCCUUGAUGACUCUACCUACCGCCAAGGUUUUCAUUUGCUUCCCACCUAACCCCGAGCUCAAGCUGGCAUCCAACGUCCUGAAACCAAGAAAGGUGGGCCUCAAACUGUGACUCGCAGCCUGGCAGGCAGUGCUGAGUACUGGGGUCAGGGCUGGAGGGUAGGGCAGAGGGCAGCUCCCAGGCUGCUGGAGCCCCAAGGGCAGGGCUUGUCUCCCUUGGAACCCCUUCCUGGACAGAUUCCUGAUCAUCUCUUCUCCUUCUCCCCUCCUUUCACACCGAGGCUGUUGCUCCCCCGUGGCAUCCUGGAAAUGCCUUGUGUUCUCUACCCUUUGAAGUUGGAAAUCUUCCUAGCACCCAGAGGAAGAUCAAGGCCAAAGGCAAGUUCAAGGCCAGACUUGACAAACCCAAGGCUGAGGCAUGCCUCAUGAAGACAGUGAGCCUCCCAAGCAAGACCUCUGCCCCUCAUCGAUACAUACCAUGGGCUGGAGGGGCAUGGGGGACGCGAGGCUAGAGAAGCCCUGGCUUCCAUCCACACUGCCUCGCUCCUGGAUGCAGCACCAAAUAAAAAGGAGCAAGUGAAGUAUCCUAGGCUUGGCUCCAUUUCUAUUGGAGGGUGAAGAGAGUGUAGGCUGGGGCCCUGUACCCCAAGGUCCAGAACGAGAGCUAGAGGCCACCAGCAACUCGUCCACAAAGCAAGAAUUCCCAGCUAGUGACAGACAUGGGUUUCCUGUUCAGAGACUCCCUUGGCAUCUCUGAUCUUUGGGUCGGGGAUAAGCCUCACUUUACAGAUGAGGAAACUGAGUCUGAAUGAGGAGACAUGUCUUACGCAAGAUCACGUGGCAGUGAGCAAAAGGCUAGGACACAUUGCCAGAACUGCUGACCACUGGGAGUGCCCCCAACCUCCAAGCCCAGAGGAGCUGGGCUGAUAGCAGAAUGACAUCUAAUGGGCACAAGAUUUACAACAUGAGACAGGAGUAAGGGUGGGCCUUGCCUAAACCCCAGCCCUUCUCUAGAGGGAGCAGGUCUGUCCCUUCCUCAGCAAGGGGCCAAGGUCACCUAAAAAGGAAAUAUCCAACAAGCCACACCCAUCUGAAAACGUUUGGUAGUUCUUAGUCGUAAUGGGUUGAAUAGUGCCCCCUCUCCCCCCAAAAUAUGUCUACCUGUGAAUAUGACUAUUUGGAAAAAGGGUCUUUGUAGAUGUAAUUAAGUUAAAGAUCUUGAGAGGAGAUCAUCCUAGAUUAUCCAGGUGGGCCCUAAAUCCAAUGACAAGUGUCCUUAUAAGAGUCAGGAGAGGACACAAACACGAGGCGAAGGCCCUGUGAAGAUGGAGGCAGAGACUGGAGUGAUGCGUCCAUAAGCCAGGGAACACCUGGAGCCACGAGAAGCUGAAAGAGGCAUGGAGGGAUCCUCCCCCAGAGCCUCCAGAGAGCGCACGGCCCUGCGGACACCUUGAGCUCGGACUUCUGGCCUCCAGAACUGGGAGAGGGUCACCUUCUGUUUUUAAGCCCCCCAGGCUGUCUUACUUUCUUACGGCAGCCCUGGGAAACUAAGGCGCUAGUCAAAUGAAGACACUAAACUCUGAUCCAGAAAUUCUUGCAUAACUGAACCAGGAAAUGCGUACACGCAGGCGCACAGCACAUCGUGGUAACAGCUGAGUGACCUAACUGUCCAUGGACAGUGGAAUGGCUAAACUGAGGCGCAUUCCAGUGCCGGAAUUCACACUCCACGCCAUACAACACAGACGCCUUGCACAGUGUGGUGCAAGAGCAGAUCAUGAAAGAAUAUUUACAGCCCAGUUCCAUUUAUAGAAACUGCAGAAACAGGCAAAAUGAAAUAUAUUGUUUAGGGAUGCAUAUGUAUGGAGUAAAACUUACCACAAAAGACAAGCAAGGAAAGGAUUCUCCCAAGUCAGGGCAGUGGUUUCCAAUCUAGACUGAACAAGAGAACCCCUCUGGGAGCUUUUCAAAAAGGUUGAUGCCCGGGUCUCCAUCCCAGACUGAUUAAACCAGUAUCCUUGGGGUGCAGAACCGUGGGGAGGCACAGGGAUGUUUCUAAGCUUCCUGAGGGGCUGGGUAGGGGUUUCUAACGUGGGACCAGGGUUGAGAACUGCUGCUGUACAAGGAAGGAGAGGGGUGUUUCUAUCUCGUGCCCAAGAGGUGGUUAUAUGGCUGUCACCUUAUAAUUACAGUCAUGCGCUGAUGAACGAUGGGGACACCUGAGAAAUGCAUCAUUGUGUGGACCUCAUAGCGUGUACCUACACAAACCUAGAUGGUAUAGCUAUUAUACACCUAGGCUGUAUGGCACUAACCUCAUGGGACCACUAUCAUAUAUGCGGUCCAUCACUGACUGAAACAUUGUUAUGUGGCGCGUGGCUGUAUUCUUUAAAUCAUAGCGAUGUUUUGUGCACUCUUUGUAUGUUUUAUAUAUUUCACAGUUUUUUAAAGUAAAAGAUAUAGCAUCUUUGCUUAAA